AUGUCAAACUUCUUUGACAAAGUGAAUAUCAAAUCCAAAUCCAAAGAUAUGGACACAAUUCCACCAAACAAGGGAUUCAUAAUUUCCUCUUUCCCCAAUCUUGUAGACAGCUCAGAUUUCAAAUCUGAUUUUGUUUGGGGUGCUGCCACUUCUGCUUAUCAGAUUGAAGGUGCUGCAUCUGAAGGUGGUAGAGGUCCAUGCAUUUGGGAUAUCUUCAGCCAGAAGCACCCUGAUGCCAUCAUUAAUGGUGAUAAUGGAAACAAUGGUACUGAGGCUUAUUAUAAAUACAAAGAGGAUGUGCAAAUGAUGAAGAAAAUGGGUGUAAAUUCCUAUAGAUUCUCAAUUUCAUGGAGUAGAAUACUCCCAGGUGGAAAACUAAGCAAGGGCAUCAACAAAGAAGGUGUUGAUUACUACAAUAACCUGAUUAAUGAGCUCAUAAGCAAUGGAAUUACGCCAUAUAUCACUCUUUUCCAUUGGGACACUCCCGAAGCCCUGGAAGAAGAAUACAUGGGCUUCUUAAAUGAAAAGAUCAUGCAAGUUGAAAGAAUUACUCCAAAUCGUACUUUUAUAACUUUUGAUUUUUCCAAACCACAACCACAACCUCAAACUAAUUAG